AUGAGAGGUCGUUGGAAGGGUGGGAAGGGGAUUCAUUCUAAUCUCUCCUCUUCCCAAGGAAGUGUCAAAGUCUUAGAGAUAUGUAGACACUUUGUUCUACAGGGAAACUGUAAAUUUGGGAGCAGCUGUAAUUUUUCGCAUAUUUUGAGACAAGUAUCUCAUGUACCACGAGCCCAUAAUGGAGGUAUUCGCUGCGCAAUCACACUACCUUUAGCUACAGGUGAAUUAGAAUUAUUUACUGGAGGUUGUGAUGGGAAAUUGAAGCGUUGGAAGAUUACACCAGUAGAGAAGACUUCUAAUAAUGAGUCAUUUAGAAAUAGUGGGCAAAGAAGACCUCAUAACUAUAAUGGUGGGAAGUACCAAGGUAUAGACUAUAGUGGAGCUACAAUGCUAUCUGUAAAGCUUGAAUCAUCUAUAGACUGUAAUGCUGAAGUUUGUAGUUGUUUAAUAUAUGGAGAUGUAAUGUUUUGUGGCCUAAUUAAUGGGAUAAUCCGUGCCUUUCAUAGACCAACCGGUACUCAUAUGGACCUACUUGGACAUAAUCAGGAAAUACACCAACUUCUCAUUAUUGAUAAUAUUCUAGUAUCUGCAUGUUGGGGUGGGAAGAUCCUAUUUUGGAAAUUUGAUUCUAGUAUGGGGAUGUUCAAUAUAUAUGCUCAGAUUCAAGUAAAGGAGCAUAUAAAGUGUUUAAGGUAUUUUCCUUAUAACAAUAUAAAUAAUAGUAAUUUAGGACAAAGUAUUGGACAAGAAAACUGCUCACAUUGUUUGUGGAUUUGUGGAGGUGGCUUUAUACAAAUCGUUGAUUUACUCAGUUUCCAGGUAAUACGUGAAAUAUCACUAGAUGGAGGACCAGUAAUGUCGGUAUUAGAGUAUGAAAAUCAUCUUGUUUUGUGUAGUUUACAAGGAAUAAUUAGAGUAUUAUCUUCAAAAGGAGAUGAGACAUUUAGAAAGUCACUUGGCAGUCCUAUAUUAUGUAUGGAUGGUUCUAAUAUAGCUGCUGGUAGACAUUUACUAAUGAUGGGACAACAAAGUGGUCAUUUAAGAUGUAUUACACUCCCAUUGUUUGAUAAUAUUUUGGAGUUUCACACUCCAGAUGAUAGAUCUGAGAUCCGUUUAGUUACUAAUCUUGGAGGCUCACCAGGAAUUUUUAUGACUGCCCAGUGGGAUGGAACACUCAAUUUUUACCAAUGGUGUUCCCCAACAGGUUCUCAGGCAACUAAACACUUUACUAUAUAAUUUAAAGAAGUCUCUUAUAAAUAUAGAGUAGGUAAUUAGCCUAUUU